CCUACGCUCUCCCAAACAACAGUAACACAAGUAAAUUGUUCAAUAACCCAUGGUACCCCUCGAAGAGUUCAAGAUACUCGUUUAACUACUCGGUAUAGGACUGAUGAAGCUUUUAGUUUAAGAAUUCGCCAAAUAUCCACACUUGCCUUUCUUCCCCCAAAUGAAAUACCUGAUACUUUUAAUAAGCUAAAAGGCCAUAUUCCAGAAGAAGCAGAUUCAAUUAGACCCAUUAUUUUGCCUGCUUUCUGGUCAGUCCAUGAAAAUAAUGAAUAUAAUUUUCUUAGAACCAAUAAUUCUGUUAAGGCAUGGCACAGAAUGUGGAAAACUCUAAUUGGCUCAAGUAACUUGAAUAUCUUUAAAUUUAUAAAAGAGAUUCAAAAAGAACAAAAUCGAGUUCAAUUUGAUAUUAUAGCUAUUUUGCGCGAGACACCAAGACCUUUUCAAGGAAGACUAAAUACUGCAUCUGCUGAUUCAAAGUUUAUUCAAGAAAGGCAAG